AUGCCAAACCUUUUUCCAGAAUCGGAUAACCAGUUAUUAGAAUUAUUAUCUCCAGCAAUACGAAAAAAAAUUAUUGACCCAUCUACAAAAAAUAAAUGGGCCGAAUCACUUGAAUAUAUGCAGCGUAGAAUUGAAAAUAUAAUUAUUCCGGAUGGGUUUGCCGAUACAGCAUCAGGAUGUUUUGUUAUGAAUAAAGCACUAAAUGAGGCAUUAGGAUGGAAUCUUGGGAUGGCACUAAAUUUUUCCCUUAGACAUAAUUCUGAUCAUAUAACGAAAUUAGAAGGAGAACAUAAGGAUAUACCAAUAUCUAUAAAAUAUAAAAAUAAAUGGGUUACUGAAACAGAACAUGUUGUUGUUAUUAAUGAUGGAAAACCCAAUUACCUUCUUUGUUUAGAAAUGCCAUGGAUUCGAAAAGUUCAAGAAAUUCUAGAUACAAACAAAAAUGAAUUUCGAAUGAUAGUUCGUGGAAAAUCUUAUAUUAUUCUAACCUUUACUAAGCCAAUUAAGGAUAAUGUUUUAUCAAGCCUUUAUACAACAGUGAUUCAGGAUAAUAAUUCAAAAAAUCAAACUUUCAAUUCUUCUACCAAGAUCGAUACUAAAGAGGAGCCAGCAUCUAAUGAAGAAAAAGA